AUGGAAAUUAUAAUUAAUAAUUUAACAAAAAAAAUAUUAAAAGAUUAUUCAUUAAUUAAAGAACCAAUACAAAGAAUUAUACCAUUAAAUAAUUGUAAUGAAAAUGAAAAAGUUUUUUUUAAAGUUUGGAGAAAUAAAGUUAUUAGAGGUGAAAUUUUUUAUCAUCUUCGUUUAUAUUCAAUUCAUUUUUAUCAAAGAAAGUUUAAUGUUGAAUCAUUGGAAGGAUUUAAAUAUAAAGAUUAUUUAAAGGAUUUAAUAUAUGAUGUGGAUAGUGAAAAAUAUGAAUAUGAUAAAGUUGUACCAUCACAAAUACCAUCGUCUAUAUCAUCAUUAAACUUCGAUUUUAGAUUCAAUCAAAUGAUUAGAAUUGGCUCAAUCUCUGAAAAUAUUACAAGUCUUUCAUUUGGUUUCUACUUUAAUCAACCGAUUACCCAAGGAAUGCUGCCAUCGAAUUUGGCCAUUUUGAAAUUUGGUGACUCGUGGAACCAGGUCAUUGAAGAGGGAGCACUCCCAAACUCAAUAACUUCGUUAACCUUUGGCAAAUAUUAUGACCUUCCAAUUGGGUCGGGAAGUGUACUACCGGAAAAAUUGAAAUAUUUACAAUUUGGGUGGAAAUAUUCCCAAGAAUUGAAAGUGGGUGUUCUCCCACACGGUUUGGAAGUAUUGAAAUUGGGAGACACAUUCAACAGUACCAUAGAAUGUAAUACAUUACCAGCCACUUUAAAAGAGCUUUAUUUCGGACACGCAUUCAAUCAAGAGAUUUUAAAAAAUUCUUUACCAGAGGGGUUGGAAACACUUGCAUUCGAUGGCCAUUUUAAAAUGGAUUUACCACCUGGAAUUUUACCACAAUCAUUAUUGAAUUUAACAUUUGGUUACUUUAAUCAAAAAUUAUCAGUUGGUUCAUUACCUUUAAAUUUAAAGAAACUUUAUUUUAGACAUAAUUACAAUCACCAAUUCACCAAAGGAAUUUUACCAAACUCUAUUGAAAAUUUAGAAUUAUCCCAUUCCUACAAUAAACCAAUUGAACCAAAUGUAUUACCAACAUCAUUGAAACAUAUUCAAUUUGGGUAUGAAUUUAAUACACCAUUGGUUAAAGGAUCGUUACCUGAAUCUUUAACAUCCUUAAAAUUUGGCCACGAUUUUAAUAAGGUAAUUGAAAAAGAUGUAAUUCCAAAAUCAGUAAAAGUAAUUCAGUUUGGUUUAGAUUUCAACCAAUCUGUAUUACAAGAGGAUGAUGAUGGUGGUGGUGGUACUACAAAUAUUUUACCAGAAUCAUUGGAAGAGUUAAUUUGUGAUAAUUUCAAUUUCGGUGAAAUUCCUAAAUCAGUUAGAAAGCUAAAAUUAAAUCAUUAUUUCGAUCAAAUUAUCGAACCUGGUUUCAUACCAGACUCAGUGAAAUCAAUUGAAUUUGGUUAUUAUUUCGACCAACCAAUUGAAUUAGGCGCACUUCCAAAUUCUUUGGAAUCAUUAAUAUUUGGAUUUAAUUUCAAUAGAGAGAUAUUGGUUGGUUCUCUUCCAUCUAGUAUUGAAUAUUUGGAAUUUGGAUACCGUUUUAAUAAACAAUUACCAAGGGGUACACUUCCAAGUAAAAAAUUAAAAUCAAUUAAAUUUGGUGCUUGUUAUGAUCAAGUAUUUAAUAAUAGUUCAAAUAUUUUACCAGAUAGAUUGGAAUCAAUUCGAUUGGGUGAAAAGUAUAAUCAAAUUUUAUAUUCAAUUAAUUUACCUUCAAAUUUACAAUCAAUCUCUUUUGGUAUAAAUUAUACUCAAAUUUUAAAUGAAUCAAGUUUACCAUCAUCCAUAAAAUCAAUUUCAGUUGGUUCUGGUUGUCCAAUAAUUGAAUCAUUACCAAAAUCAAUAACAAUGUUAUCUUGUUUUAAUAGUAAUUUUAAAUUCCUUUAUAAAAUUGAUAUUAAUCGUUUUUAUCAUUAUAUUAAAGUUUUAAAUGGUUCAUUACAUUUAAAUAGAUAUUAA